CAAGAAGCUGUGAGUAUAGACAUAGCCUACGAGUCCUGGCUUCCAGGGCCCCCUCCCAGAGCCAUGCCCCCCCCAUCUGUCCUAUGUCCCAAUGGUGCCAGGUCCUUCACCAUGCUUGUAUUGGGUGACCCCAGGGUCCAGAGGUGGGGUGGGAAAGCAGUGAGAUUGUGCAGUCUUGCUGGAGACUGGCCUUUCCUCAAAGAGCCAUGGCCCAGAUCCUGAGGGGACAGCGGCACUGGUCCUCCCGGUGGGAAGAUCCAGCCAGCAGCUGUUCCAAAGCUGGAGCACAGCAGCAAACCUGAGGAGGCAGAUGCUCGCUGUAGGUCAAGCUCUGGCUGGGAACUUGCUCUGGCCUCUGAAUCAGUUCCUGGGCCCUUCUGUGCCCUAUUUCCUACCUCCUCUUUAAACCCCUUCUCCUCCCCUUCUCUCCCCCUCCUCCAUUUCCUCAGAGGCUUUGUGGAGUCUAGUGGUUAGAGCAGGGAGCCAGACUCCUGGAUCCAAUCCCUGGCUCUGGGUUUCCUUGCCCGUCUUUGCACACCCAGUACAAGCAGAGCUGUGGUGCUGUGGGUGGGGGGAGUGUAAUCCAGUGCCAGGUGGUGUGGGGUGGGUGCAUUGAGCAUUAAUUUUUUGCGUGAGGCUGGUGGUUUAAUUCCCUGAAAGUCCCACAGCAGCUGGGCUGGCUGCAUUAACCCUUCUGAUCCCACAGCUCAGCCUUCCUCUUACACAGCCCCUGUUCCCAGGAACGGCCUGGCCAUGCUGGCUCUUCAGGGACUUAUGGGUGGUGAGCACAGGGUUUGUCCUAGAUUCCCUAUCCCCCUCCAACUUUAACCAUCAGCCUUCACUCCCUUCCCAGAGCCACAGAGAGAACCCAGGAGCCCUGGCUUCCAGCCCCCCAACUCUAACCUACCGGCCCCCACUCCUUUCCCAAGCCAACGGGAGAACCUAGGAGUCCUGGCUCCUCCCGUCACCCCCAUCUUAUCAGGCUCUGGGAGAGGGAUUCCCUUGGUUCAUCCACAUACUGAGAGUGCCUGCAUGCCAUAGGGUGAUCUCACUCCUCACAGUGCAAAGCCCCUUUCCCCUCACUCCUGGCAGAUCCUCCUCUUCCCCCACCCCGGCUCUGAGCCAACCUAGGAUUCUGGCCUCCUGUUCCUAUAAGCAGCUUAGCUAAUCUGGUUGCUCCAGGAAGCUACCGUCUUGAUGAUUUGGGGGAGCUGUCGCUUCUAAAGGUCCCUGGGACUGAGUUCCCCUCCCAGACUAGGUUGAUAAUAUGCUUGUGAUUGUAGGUGACUCACCUUUAGGGGGUUUCCUGGGGAGUUGCUCAGUGCUGGGUAAAAGGGGUGGGCCCCUCGGUGAGUCUAAAAUGGUGCCUCAGAAAGAGAGGUGUCCCAAAUAAUCACCAGCUUCUUGUAAUAAUCAGAGAGCACGAGUGGAAAAUCAUCAGUCUCUUGUGAAAAUCUCAUGUUUCUUGUUAAAAUCAGGGGCCCAUUUGUGAAAAUCAUGGACCUCUUGCAAGAAUGAGGGACUUGCUCAUGAAACAUCAGUGGUCACUUGUGAAAAUCACUGGCCUCUUGUGAGAAUCAGAGCACACUCAUGAAAAUCACAAGGGUCUUAUGGGGACUACUGGUGAAAACCAUGAGUCUCUUGUGAAAAAUCUCCAGGCUUGUGAGAACAAGGGCCUACUCGCAAGGCCUGUUGAGGCCUGGUGGAAAAAUCUAUUGGGGCUGGGGAGAACCAGCUGUCCUGUCCAUCCGUGCCCCCUGCAUUGGGGCAGGGAAUGUGGGUUUGAGGCAUGCCCAUGACAGGAGAAGGGUGGCAGGCAGGCCGAUAAGUUCACCUAGGAGGGACCCUAUGGCCCUGGAUGGGGGGGCAGCAGACGGUGGCACAGGGAGGGGAUCGAGUAAGGAGGGGAGGAAGACAAGAUCACCCUGCUUCUGUCCAAGGGUUCCCUGAUGUGGGACAAAGGACAGGGAAGUGCAGGGUUGGGGGGUGUCCCCUGUGGGGGCAAGAUUAAUGAGGAGGGCUAGACAGGGACACAGUGACAGGGAGUGGGCUGGGGAGACUGGGCAGGGGGCACAUGAGGGAUGAGGAUAGGGACUGUGUGAGGCAGCUGGCCAGCCCCCUGCCAAGCAGGCUAAGCCGCAGCUCCACGUGGCCACCCGGGGAGGGGAGUAGCAGGGAGAGUGUCCCGAGCACACAGUGCACACGGAGGAGAAGGCGCACAGGCACCAGGGCUCAUGGAGGAGAAAGCGCACGGGCAGUAGGGCACACAGAGGAGAAGGCGCACGGGCACCAGGGCGUACGGAGGAGAAGGAACACGGGCACCAGGGCACACAGAGGAGAAGGUGCCCAGAGGAGAAAGCAAAUAAUCCCAGAGUUCUCAGAAGAGAAAGCACACAGACACCAGGGUGCACGGAGGAGAAAGCACAGACACCAGGGCACACUGGGCCAUGUUUGCCAGCUCCUCAAGAGGGGCCCUGGGCCCGGCAGGACGGGGUGGGACCGGAGCCAAGCUGAGCGUUGAUGAGCUAUAUGGACUGCCAGCCACCAAGAAGGGCAAGGGUGGCCGGGGCGAAAGCGUGCGGCGACGCAGCCAGGGCAGCGCCGGGGGCCGAGAUGGGCCAGCUCUCACCCCUGGCCAGCUGCUGGAGGCAGCACGGCGGCUGCUGGAGCGCAGGCGGCUGGAGAGCUACUUGCUGGAGGCCGGGCUGCCAGCAGAGGAGCUGCAGGGCAACCGCACUGGCAUGAGCUACAGAAAUCUGGGUAAAUCUGGGCUCCGUGUGUCCUGCCUCGGGCUGGGCACCUGGGUGACAUUUGGUUCCCAGAUCUCAGAUGAGAUGGCAGAAAACGUGCUCACUAUCGCCUACGAGAGUGGGGUCAACCUCUUUGACACGGCCGAGGUCUACGCUUCCGGCAAGGCAGAAAAAACCCUGGGAAACAUCCUGAGGAGCAAAGGCUGGAGACGAUCCAGCUACGUCAUCACCACCAAGAUCUACUGGGGCGGCCAGGCAGAGACAGAGCGGGGCCUCUCCAGGAAACACAUAAUCGAGGGGCUGAAAGGGUCACUGGAGCGGUUGCAGCUGGACUACGUGGAUAUCAUCUUUGCCAACCGCAUGGAUGCCAACAGCCCCAUGGAAGAGUAUGACCCCAACUUCCGCCUACUGCUUCUGGAAGAGAUUGUGCGGGCCAUGACCUACGUCAUCAACCAGGGCAUGGCCAUGUACUGGGGCACCUCACGCUGGAGUGCCAUGGAGAUCAUGGAGGCGUACUCAGUGGCCCGGCAGUUCAACCUCAUCCCACCAGUGUGUGAGCAAGCAGAGUACCACAUGUUCCACCGCGACAAGGUGGAGACCCAGCUCCCGGAGCUCUACCAUAAGAUUGGAGUGGGCGCCGUCACCUGGUCCCCCUUAGCCUGUGGCCUCAUCACUGGCAAGUAUGAAGAGCGAGUCCCUGAGAACUGCCGGGCAGCCAUCAAGGGCUACCAAUGGUUGAAGGAGAAGCUGCAGAGCGAGGAUGGCAGGAAGCAGCAGGCCAAGAUCAAAGAACUGCAGCCCAUCACCGAGCGUCUUGGCUGCACUGUGGCCCAGCUGGCAAUUGCAUGGUGCCUGCGCUCUGAGGGUGUCAGCUCUGUCCUGCUUGGGGUGUCCAGCGCCGAUCAGCUGAUCGAAAACCUUGGAGCCAUCCAGGUGCUGGCCCAGCUGACCCCAUCCAUCAUUCAAGAAAUUGAUGCCCUCCUAGGCAACAAGCCCAAUACAAAAAAAGAGUCCCGGGCGUAGGGACACAUCGGCGCCCGGGACUAUGCACGCUUGUGUCCCACUGGACUGCGUAUCCCUCCGCCCCAUCCUGCCCCACCCUGCCACCAGGGAGGAGGAGCCGCUUCGCGCAUGACCCUGUCACAUGUAUCCUUCCACAGAAGGGGUGGGGCCGGAUCCCUCCACCCUCCGCCUGGCUGCUGCUUCUACUGAUCGCUGCUGCGGGCAUGAGCCAAGGGGUUGGCGGGCAACAAGCUCUGCUCUCCCCGUCAGCUUACGCACCGGAUCUCGCCUGCUGCUUCGCCUCCUGCAAGAUUCAUGCUCCUGUUUUUAAAGGGACAGGCCACCACCUCAGACAGAGGCAUGGGCUGUCAACCAUGGGAUUAAUUUAUCAUUCUAACAAACCCUCGUUAAUUAGCGAUGCACGACCUUGCUCAGUGCCGCUGGCGGCCUCUGCUGGUUCAGCCGUUUUGCUGAUUUUGGUUUUCAGUUUUUUGUCCAUCUCUUAGCACGAUCAGAGGGACCAUGAGGACCUUGCAGGAGUGAGGCCUGGAGUGGGGGUGCAAAGGCCAAGGGGACCCAAUAAUGGGAGGCAGGCAUUGUGCAAGGGAGAAGGAUCAGGGACAGACCCUGGCUGCAGGGGAAGGCUGCUGGCGUGGAGAACAGCAAGGGACUUCCCUGAGCACCCACCAAUAUGGCUAUUACGUGGGCCUGCUCUGUCCCAACUCUCUGGCACCCCCUGCUGGGGACACAUGGAAUUCCCUCUGGGAACUAUUUUUCUUCCCCAUUCAUAGUGGCAGAAGGAUACAGAUCAAUGCACACCCCUCCCUGGGAUGUCUCGCUUUCCACUUUAAUUUCUUUCUCUGCUUUAAAUGAACAACAACAAAAAACCAUCAAUCAUUCUGAGCCAGCUCUUCCUAUAGCAAUAAUGCUCCAGCAAGGGAUGGGGAGCACGGGAGGCUACAAGCCCCCCCAUCCAGGAAUUCCCCCCUCCCUGCUUUUGCACAAUCCUGCUUCUGGACAGACAGAUGGUAGCUGCACAGAUAGUCCCUGUCCUCUGGUUGGGUGACUUUGUACAGCUGUGAGAGCGACGCUUCCAGGGGAGUUCUCUCUGGAGAGGGCAACUUGGCCACAGCCAGGACAAACCCAGAGAAAAGGGAGCAGAGGACCCAUGGGUUUUAUCCUUUGCUUUCUGGCCCAUGUUCUCAUAAAGUUGCAUGCAGUUGUUAAGCAGAGGCCAUGACCUGCUCCAGAGGUGGCUGCAUUUCAAUAUCUGGUCCCUGUAUAACCAGCUGCCCUGCCCCAGCAGUGGCUGCAUCUCAGCACCAUGCAAGGAGACCCCAUGUAACCAGAUGCUCCACCCCAGAGGAGGCUGCAUCUCCGGGUCAUGCAAGGGCUUCCUGUGUAACCCGCUGCCCUGUCCCAGAGAGGGCUGCUUCUAUGUACUGAAUGGGAGCUGAUCUCUCACCUGCUCAGGGGAACAGCUGGGGAGCGUCCUGCUGUAACUCUACCUGUAAACAUAGCCUGGCACUGACUCCCUUGGGGCUGCUCCAGCUGAGACAGGCAGGCAGUUGCCCCACCUGUGACCCAGGGUCUGAGUGCUUUUCCUUUCCCCACUUUGAACUGGAUCUUUGUGACUCAGACUCUAUGCGAACUUGCAAUACCCCCAACAGCCAGUAGGGGGACAUUGUUCUUAGGAUUCCACCAGAUAGGUAGAAGAAUUGGAGGAAGGGAUGGAAAUCCAAGGACCAAGAGAUGGCAGUGGGGGCUGGUGGGUUACUGCAGGGGGGCUGGGAGUCAGGACUCCUGGAUUCUCUUCCCUGGCUCUGAGAUGGGAGUAGGGGCUGGUGGUCAGAGAGUGGGGGCUGGGGACCAGAACUAUUGGGUUGUGUUCCUAGCCAAUGGCUGACACACUAUGUGACCUUAGCCACAGUCUGCACUGUUCCUACCGAGCCCCUUCAAAGGCAGGUUCUGUAGCUGAAUGGAGCUUUCUGCCCUUGUUCUGCAGUAGUGUGUGAUAGGAGCUUAGAAUAGCCCAGAGCUUGAAAUAGCUGAGGUGCUACAGGUCAGGAGCGAGGGGCACCACAGGACUGGCCUAGCAGGGGACCAAGAGUUCGGAGUGAGGGGCACGAGGGGGAGCUCAGGGCUGGGCUAGCAGCGGCUGCAAGUCAGAAGUACAGGGCAGAGCUGGGGGUGGGGCUCAGUUGUGGGUCUAUCCCCGAGCUAUACUGCCCUCCACCAGCAUGAUGCAGUGCAUUGCAGGUCAUUCUAUGCCCUCCCCAUGACACUGCAACUGCACUACAGUCUCACACUACACAGAGACCCUUAGCCAUGGUUCGCCCUAGAGCUCUCCAAGGUUCGGCUGUGGAAGCGUCGCUCUUUUCAGAAGGCUGAAAUGUAAACAGGACAAUAAUAAAUCAGUAAAGCAACACACCGAGUCUGGUGUCUCCUGCCUUCUUCCACAUGACCACCAGGGGGCAGCAAGCAC